AUGGCGUUGGUAGAACAGAUAGAUGCGUUCGCAAGUCGAAUUGGACGCGCGGAGAGCCUCGUGCAGCGUUACGCGGUUCUCAGCGAACUUUGCGACGUGAUGGAGACUAUCACUGUUUCGGGAGACUAUGAACACUUCCUGAGUGUGUGUCUGCCGCUGCUGAAAGUGCAGCUGCAGACAGUUCCAAUCUCACUGAAUGCCACGUCGGCGGAGCAGAAGGUGCGUAGCGUUACGCUGGAGAUUCUGAACCGCUGCGUGAUGAACGACAAACUAGAGCGACACGCAACAACAAUUGCUGAGAUGCUACUCACGGCACUACCCCGCGAAAACGACGAGAACGGAGUUUUUUGCAUGAAGAUUUUGACUUCGUUGUUCAAGUCGUACAAACAGCCGUUGCAGGACAAGGUCGAGGAGCUCAUUGUAAUGAUAUUGGAGAUAUACAGGAAUGUUCCAGUCCUGGUGAAGGAAGUAUUUGAGGGGGAAAGUGACGAAGAGCUGCUAGAUAUAAAGGACGACAUCAAUGCGUUGUCUCAGGACAUUGAUUGCGAACAGCGCACAGACGCGAAGCAUCUUCGGCGUUCCAUGUCAUCAUUCAAAACAUUGGCCGAAUGCCCCAUAACUAUGGUUACACUAUUUUCCUCAUACAAGCAGCUCACCACGACAUCUUUGCCUCGGUUUUUGCCCUUGGUUAUAGAGCUACUUACCUUGGAGGUGGGCGAGCAGAAGAGGGCCCGGGAGAUUGCAGAGGCUGCAGGCGGGAGGCUUAUCAGUAUGUCCCCAACGAUUAAUAACCGAUCCGCCUUUUUUGAAUAUAUUUUGGCACAGAUAAAGGCUACAUCAUUUCUGGCGUAUGUGUUUAUUCGCGGACAUGCUCCCGAGUACAUGCAGAAUCAUGUAUCAGUAGUACCCGACCUGGUUAUGCGGUUGCUCCAGGAUUGUCCCAGCGAGUUAUCGACUGCGCGCAAAGAGCUGUUACAUGCAACGCGCCACAUACUUUCCACGAACUACAAGAAGCUUUUCCUGCCUAAAAUCGAUUUAAUGUUCGACCAACGUCUUCUGAUUGGCGAUGGAUUUACUGCCCACGAAACAUUGAGACCCUUGGCAUAUAGCACGGUCGCAGAUUUCAUUCAUAACGUUCGAGCCGAGUUACAACUAGAUCAGAUAGAGAAGACUGUCAUAAUGUACACUAAGUUUUUGUCAGACCCUUCUCUUGCUCUAACAGUUCAGAUAAUGAGCGCUAAACUUCUACUCAAUUUGAUUGAAAGGAUAUUGAAGCUGGGAAAGGAGAACACGCAAGCUGCCCCGAGAGCGAAGAAAUUGUUGAUAUGCAUAAUAGAGUCUUACGCAAUGCGGUUUAAAAACCUAAAUGCUCAGUACGAGAAUAUCUUAAAACAUCACAAAAUUUAUGAGGAGACGAAAGCUCGCAAGUCAAAAGAGAUACAAGAGAGAAUGGAUGCCGAUAAUAAACUUACCGAAGAAUUUCUAAAGCUCAUGCUAAACACCGAAGAUGAACUAAUACCAAAGAUGGAGAUAGACGGGAAAGAUUUCGAUGGAGAUAGUAAUAUGGACGGUGAUCGUGACAGCUUCGACCUCUUCGAUAUCAAAUAUUAUGCGCCAAUUAUGCUCAGUGCGCCGCCAACAAGCGAUCCAUUGAAGGACGCAUUCUAUCUCUAUCGGACAUUACUCUCCUUUUUGAAAACGAUUGUCCACGAUGUUAAGGUAUUUAACCCUCCUUCAAAUGAACUCACCACCAUGAACCCGAAGAUGUGGUCUGCUCUCUCCAGAGUUUUCAGUUAUGAAGAGGUGUUGAUUCUGAAGAAACUAUUCCAUGAAUGUAUAGCGGGGUUAUACUUAUUUUCUAACAAUCCAGGGGCUACUGCACCACCCGAGAAGAAGUAUUUCGAUAUCACCACGCCGAGCCUUCCCGUAUCGGCGACUAAAGAUGGUAGAGAGCUAAUGGACUAUUUUGCAAUAAUAUUCAUGCAAAUUGAUAGUCCUAGUUUCAACGAAUUGGUAGAGGGUGAGAUAGAAUUCAUGUAUGAGUCUAUGUUACGGGAUUCUGCACUUUUGCAUGUUGCUCAAUCAUUUCUAACCAGCGAGAUAACAUCACCUAAUUUUACGGGAAUAUUGUUAAGGUUUCUAAAGUCUAAACUUCACUGCCUAGGGAACGUUGACAGCAACAAAUCAAAUAUUUUAAUCCGCCUCUUCAAGCUUUCUUUUAUGUCUGUGAACCUAUUUCCGGCCAGUAAUGAAACGGUCUUACUUCCUCAUUUGAACGACCUGAUUUUGGACUCUAUUAAAUACUCUACGACCGCACAUGAGCCAUUGGUAUACUUUUAUUUGAUCCGGACGUUAUUUCGAAGUAUCGGGGGAGGUCGUUUUGAAAACUUGUACCGCUCUAUCAAGCCAAUCCUUCAAGUCCUUCUGCAGUCAUUGAAUAGAAUGAUUCUGACUGCGCGUCGUCCACACGAAAGGGACCUAUAUGUUGAAUUGUGUCUCACCGUUCCAGUAAGACUAAGUGUUUUGGCUCCAUAUCUGCAUUAUUUGAUGAGACCUCUUGUCUAUGCACUGGAGGGAUUUCCUGAGCUGAUAACACAGGGGCUAAGGACGCUAGAAUUAUGCAUUGACAACCUAACUGCCGAAUACUUCGACCCAAUCAUUGAACCCGUGGUAGAGCCCGUCAUCAACGCAUUAUUUAAGCUACUAAAACCUCAGCCUUUCAACCAUCAGCUUAGUCACACGGCAGUUCGCAUCCUUGGGAAACUGGGAGGACGCAAUAGGCGAUUCUUAAAACCACCUUCUGAUUUGAAGACACAUGAGGAGUUAGACAUUAAAGUCGAAGCUUUAUUUAAGGUCCAUGGUUUCAAUACUGAGGUUCCACUUUCUGUGACUACUGGUAUUAGGUCAGCUCUCGAUAUACUGCACGACUAUCGCGCCGAUAACUUUUAUCGUGAAAAUGCCUUCACGUACAUCUGUACAACCUUGAAGUUAUUCAUUGCAUCUGCCGGUAUGUGUGUAGAUAGACAAUCAGAUUACAUUGAGAAGGCUGCACAGGAUAUGAGUAAAAAUAGGGUUGACGACGUUGUACUAGUGACUGGCGAGCCCGUAAAGAAUACCAGAGAACUCAAUAAUCAGGAGAAGCUAAUGGUGAGAUUAUUGGAAGCUUUAUUGUUUUCUACUUCAAUUCCUUCCUUGAAAGAUAGGGCAAGCACAUUGUUUAUGCAUAUUCUUGACCAUUUCUGCUUAUUGCAGGUCAAUUCAGCUCUGGUUAACAAACGUACAUCAUCUGAGUUGUUCUGUGUUAAUGUAGAGCAACCAAGCAUGCAUAUUAGUAACGAAGUUCUAAUUGAAGGUAUUCUAUUUGGUUUGUCAUCUUAUCUUUCCGAAGCAAAAGGUUUGGCAGUUGAUGCGAUAAAACGGAUAUAUGCGAACGGGCAGAUUAUCUAUGGAGACGGUUUCCUAGAACAUUCAUUCAUCCCUAUCUUAACGAAAAGAGUCAUCCACGCAUUUUAUGACGAAGCAUACUAUAAUAAGAUUGCAGGAGUACUCGGCGUGAAAACUCUGGUUGAGGAUUUGCAACUUCCAGUCGAAUAUCUAAGACGGUUUCAAUUUGAGCUGGUCGCUGGGCUUUUGUUUGUGCUGAAAGAUACACCCGCAGAAACACCUGCUCUCAUUUGUAAUGGGGCAGAGGAGUUAAUAUUGACUAUUCUCAGUAAGACAUGUACUGGUAUUAGCGAAGAGGAUUUGAAUGAAAAACGGCUCCAGAAUUCAUUGACGGACAUUGUAUGCGAAUUGAGUAACCAAAAUGAAUGCGUGAGAAAGGCGUGCCAGGCAGCGCUAACUACUGUUUCCAAAGUUACUAGUAUUCCAAUUUCAAAACUCAUGGAACAUUCAAAAAACUUCCUACUCUCACCAAUUUUUGCCAAGCCUCUACGUGCAUUACCAUUUCCCAUGCAGAUAGGGAAUGUAGAUGCAGUAAUAUACUGCCUGAGUCUUCCUGAUACAUUCCUAGAAUUUAAUGAAGAACUUUUGAGGCUGUUACAUGAAGCAAUAGCCCUUGUUGAUGCUGAAGAUAUUUCUCUGACUACGAUACCAAGAAUAACAGAGCAUCAAACUGCCAAGCAGCUUGUCAAUUUACGUGUUGUAUGCAUUAGACUUCUAGCUCUUUCUUUGAAAAGCGAAAAGUUCCCAAAUACGCAGCAAGGGAGUAUCAGGAUAAGAAUACUUGCUGUGUUUUUCAAAACAAUGUUAAAGACCUCACCAGAGAUCAUUGAAGCUACGUACCAGGGGUUAAAAGAAGUUUUAUCCGAAAAUUCCAAGCUUCCAAAAGAGUUACUACAGAAUGGGCUCAAGCCGAUGUUAAUGAACUUGUCUGAUCAUCAAAAACUUACGGUCCCAGGCCUAGAAGCUUUAGCAAGGUUAUUAGAGUUACUGAUAGCCUAUUUCAAAGUUGAAAUCGGCAAAAAACUACUUGAUCAUCUCGACGCGUGGUGUAGGAUCGGCGUGCUUGAUACGUUAUUUGGAAAGGAUUUAUUAGAACAAGUACCAACCAAAAUCAUAUCGAGCAUCAUAAAUGUGUUUCAUUUACUGCCACCCCAAGCAGAUAUGUUCUUAGAUGACCUGGUCCUAAAACUAAUGCUUUUGGAAAAACGCUUAAGAUUACAAAUUGAUUCCCCAUUUAGGGUUCCUCUUGCCAAGUACCUCAACCGGUUUGCUGGCUCUGUCAUAGUAUACUUUAAACGGAAUUUGAGCUCUCGCCAACUAGUUUUGCUUUUCUGUUCUAUUGUUCAGAAAGAUGAGGCCAAGGAUUUGAGGGUAGCGUUUGAGAACGAAUUAGAUUUCUUUUACCAAUACUAUUUGGAAAACAUCUCCGCAAACAGAGUCAGAGCUGUUAGCUUUUUCUCAAACUUGGUGGAUAUCUUCAGUGUAUUGUCGGAAAAUAAUGGUGAAGAAUGGUUUUUGAGUCAUAGCUCCAUGCUAUUUAAGUUGAAAGGAAUGCUGCAAUUAACUCUUCAGAUUAUUAAGGAGGAUAAAUUUGAUUAUGACAAUUUGCAGUUGAAUCAAGCUAUUGAGAGGUUCCAAAAUCUGUAUCUGAAAUUCAUGGUGCUCAACAUCUCGGAUCCUUCCUUUUUGCUGGAUAUGAUAGAACUCUCCCAUAGUCUGGACUUUCAAUUGGAUCACUCCUAUGACCGUUUCAUAUAUGAUGAGAUUGUUCAGACUGACAACCUGGAACAAAAAUUGACUUAUCUAAACACUGCGCUGUCUUUCUGUGUUCAAGAUAAACCACUGGAAGCAGUCAUCUACGUUUUGAAACAGAUUGUGAAUUCUACAUUUAUCUAUGAAGGACAUGCUAAGGGCUCUCUGCAAAGGCUAAAGAGUGAAGACUCUCAGAAUCCCGAAUGGAUGCAUUUUGUCUAUGAAAAUAUAUGGAAGAGGCCGGAUGCAAUCAUCGGAAAUAACUUGGCAGGCAGGUGUGAUGCAUUCCGGUUUGAACUUCUACAACUUACAGCUAUUUUUAUUAAGUUUGCGCCCGAACUUGUUGCAGAUAUUAAGAAGGAUGUUAUAAAGUUCUCAUGGAAUUUUAUUAAGUUAGAAGAUAUCCAGGUGAAACAGGCUGCAUAUAUGGUUACCGCAUACUUUAUCGCCAAUUUUGACUUCCCUGUUAAGGUUGUGACACAGAUAUUUGUUGCAAUACUGAGAUCAUUCCAAAUUGAGGCCCGUUAUAUGGUGAAGCAAUCAUUGGAAUUGCUAGCGCCGGUUAUGCCGCACCGCUUGAGUACUUCCGAGCAGCCAAAUGUUUGGAUUAAUUGGGUGAGAAGGGUUAUUUCUGAGAGCAAUCCUCAUCAAAGCGGAACUUUAUAUCACUUUUUGGUUAGCCAGCGGGAAGCUUUCUAUGAAGCCAGGGAUAUGUUUAUUCCAAAUUUGAUAAAUUAUAUCAGCAAGCCUACUCUAUUGGCGAAUACUUCGAUGGAAAACCAAUUGCUUGCUGUAGAUAUUGCCGAUUUAAUACUUUAUUGGGAGAAAAAGGCUAUGAAUACUGGCGCUCUAUCCACAGGACCUGAUGGUGAUAUUGAGAUGAAUGACGUUGCUUAUACUGAUUCUUCAACUCCUCUAGCUCAACGUGAGGCAUUUGCUGCAUUCCUCGUUCGUUUCGUAUGCGUUAGUAACCAUAGAGCCUGCGAAACAGAACUUGGGUCGCGUGCAAUUCAUAUAUUGUCGGAGCUUUUGUCUACUGGUUACCUUCCCGAUGCCGUCGUUAAGCUUUCCUUCUUUGAGAAAUUUCUAGUACAACAAGACGUACAAUCAGCGAACCUGCUAUAUUAUUGUAUGAAUGCGCUGGAUGUUUUGGAUAUUCUAUUCCGUAAUAAGGAGACGUCUUGGAUAAUGUCGAAUCUCCCAAUUAUUCAGAAUCUCCUGGAUAAAUGCAUCCACGUCAACCAUCACGAUAUCCAAGAAGUAUUGCAGAAAGUUUUGAACACUGUUCUCAAGGCUAUCAAGGAAUCCGAAGUUUCACUUGAAUCUGAGGAGGAAACUGCCGCAAAGAUAUUUGUAACCAAUCUGCUUUCAACCAUAUCUGAGGAUUUAAAUGGAACAGCUUCUGUUGCGGCUGGUAUAACUUUGGCAUGGAUAGUUUUUAUGAACUUUCCUCAGCAAAUUGAUCCCCAUCUGCCGCUGAUGAUGAGAACUUUCAACAAGCUCUGCAAGGACCAUUUAACGAUUUCCCAACCUAAGGAUGCGGCUGCACUUGAAGAGGCCAAAAUUACAACGAAGCUACUGGAAAAAGUAUUCUACCUACUAUCAAUGAAGAUAUCCGUUCUCGGCGAUGCUCGAAGGCCCUUCCUAUCAACUGUCGCCUUGUUGAUAGAUCGUUCUAUGGACCAACGCUUCCUCCAGAAAAUUGUUACUGUGGCUAGGAACUGGGUAUUUACAAACGAUAUCUUUCCGACUGUGAAAGAAAAAGCUGCUAUAUUGACGAAGAUGCUUGCGUUUGAGAUUCGGGGAGAGCCGUCACUAUGUAAGCAGUUUUAUCAAAUCAUCCUCGAACUUUUUGAGAAUAAAAACUUCAACAAUAGCGAACUAACGGUGAGAAUGGAACAGCCUUUUUUGGUAGGCACUCGCGUAAGUGAUAUCUCUAUCAGGAAGAAACUCAUGUCAAUAUUGGAUGCAAGUCUUGAAAAGGAUAUACGUGAGAGAUUGUAUUAUGUUAUUAGAGAUCAAAACUGGGAGUUUAUUGCAGACUAUAUGUGGUUAAACCAAGGUCUCCAACUAUUAUGUGGGUCUUUUGUUGAGGACUAUAACCUAAAGUUGAAAACGGAGUUCAUGUUAUGCCCGUUGGUCUUAAUUACCAAGUGUUAUCCCGAAGGACAGUACUUACCACCCGCGAAUGAAAAUCUUGCCCUUUUUAUUGAGCAGCACAACAAAUUUCUCAAUGAAAUAUCGCAAAUUACUUGCCGAGACCUAUUGGCGCCGUUGACGGACAUAUUUUACGUUAGUCCCGCUGCUGUGCGUGACACUUGGUGUGCAGUUUUCCCUGUUGCGUAUAACUCGAUACCCAGGAAUGAGAAAUAUGGGUUCAUACGUUCUCUUGUAUCUUUACUAUCCAAAGACUACCAUUCAAAACAGGCUACAUCCAGAAUUAAUGUCGUAAACACACUGCUGGAAUCAAUCAGUAAAGUCGAGUCCCUUGAACUGCCUCCCCAUCUCGUAAAGUACCUAGCUACAUCAUACAACUCGUGGUACCAGUCAAUCAAUAUCCUGGAAUCCAUGGAAGAAAGUGGGUCAAUUGCGAAUACCAAGAUUCUGGAAGCUAACGAAGAUGCAUUAUUGGAACUUUACGUUAGUCUACAGGAAGAGGAUAUGUUUUACGGACUAUGGCGUAGGCGCGCAAAGUACGCAGAAACCAAUAUUGCGCUAUCAUAUGAGCAGAUCGGUUUAUGGGAUAAAGCACAACAGAUGUAUGAGACAGCGCAAGUAAAGGCGCGCAGUGGUGCAUUGCCAUACUCCGAGUCAGAGUAUUCUCUUUGGGAAGAUAAUUGGAUUCUAUGUGCAGAAAAACUUCAAAACUGGGAUGUGCUAACAGAAUUGGCUAAACAUGAAGGGUUUACUGACUUGUUACUCGAAUGUGGUUGGAGGGUGGCUGACUGGAACUCUGACAAAGAAGCAUUGGAGCAGUCUAUUAAAAGUGUGAUGGAUGUUCCUACUCCACGUAGACAAAUCUUCGAGACAUUUUUGAACCUACAAACCUUUGCCGAAACAAAGAAGGGCGAUCAAGAAAUAAGAAGGCUAUGUGAUGAGGGUAUUCAGUUAAGUUUGCAUAAGUGGGCCUCCAUGCCAGAAAGAUUCACUCCUGCGCACACAUUUUUGCUACAUGCCUUCCAGCAAUAUAUGGAAUUCAUGGAGGCUGCACAAGCAUACGCUAAUCUGGCAACCACGACCGUACAGAAUUUAGACACGAAAGCACAAGAGAUAAAGCGCGUGCUUCAGGCAUGGAGGGAUAGAUUACCAAAUAUCUGGGACGAUAUAAAUAUGUGGAAUGAUCUGGUGACAUGGAGGCAGCACGCGUUCAACGUUAUUAACAAUGCUUAUUUGCCACUGGUCCCUGCUUUGCAGCAAUCCAACAGCAAUAACAAUAUAAGUACGCAUGCUUACCGUGGAUACCAUGAAAUCGCUUGGGUAAUCAACAGAUUUGCACACGUUGCUCGUAAGCACAAUAUGCCAGACGUCUGUAUUGGUCAAUUGGCCAGAAUCUACACUUUGCCAAAUAUUGAAAUUCAGGAGGCAUUUUUGAAGUUGCGGGAACAGGCUAAGUGCCAUUAUCAGAGUAUGAACGAAUUGACCACCGGUUUAGAUGUGAUCAGUAAUACGAAUCUUGUCUAUUUCAGUACUGUUCAGAAGGCAGAAUUCUUCACACUUAAGGGAAUGUUUUUGUCCAAACUGAGAGCCCAUGAUGAAGCCAACCAAGCUUUUGCAACCGCUGUUCAGAUUGAUCUCAACUUAGCGAAAGCCUGGGCACAGUGGGGCUUUUUUAAUGAUCGCAGAUUAUCGGAGGAACCUAAUAAUUUAAGCUUCGCAAAUAAUGCUAUCAGUUGUUAUUUACAAGCUGCUGGCCUUUACAAGAGUUCAAAGACAAGAAAAUUGUUAUGCCGCGUGCUGUGGCUGAUUGGAAUGGAUGAUACUUCUGGAUCCCUUGCCCAUGCAUUUGAUUCUUUCCGUGGAGAGGUUCCUGUCUGGUAUUGGAUUACGUUUAUCCCACAGCUCUUGACUUCGCUUUCACAUAGAGAAGCGAAACUGGUUAGACAAAUCCUUAUCCGUAUAGCAAAAAGUUAUCCUCAGACUUUACAUUUCCAACUACGCACAACGAAGGAAGAUUUCGCAGUGAUCCAAAGACAGACAAUGGCUGCUGUAUCUAAAUCUCGGCCCAACAACGAGACUGAGAACAUGCAAUCAGAUGAGAAUGUAACAAGACAACCUUGGGAAUACCUUGAAGAGCUGAACGGAAUAUUAAAAACUGCAUACCCUCUUCUUGCUUUGUCCUUGGAAUCUUUGGUGGACCAGAUUAACCAAAAGUUUAAGACAACCCCCGACGAGGAUCUAUUCAGACUAAUAAACGCGCUCUUAAUCGACGGUACCUAUAACUAUAAUCGCCUCGUUUAUCCAAGAGAUAACCCUCAGUUACCACCAAAGACCGAAGCUAAUUUAAUUAGAUUCUCUGAAAACCUACUACCCCCACACAUAAGAGUCAAGUUCAAUGCUGAUUUUAUUGAUAGCAAACCCGAUUUUGAUACUUAUAUCAAAAGAUUGCGGCAUUGGAGAAAUAGGCUGGAAAAUAAGCUCGAUCGUGCUCCAAAAACGGAUAACAUGGAAAAUAUAUGUCCUCACUUGAGUAACUUCCAUCACCAAAAGUUUGAAGAUAUUGAGAUACCUGGUCAGUACCUAUUAAACAAAGAUAACAACAACCACUUUAUUAAAAUUGCCAAGUUUUUGCCCAAUGUUGACUUUGUACGUGGUACACAUUCCUCGUACAAACGAUUAACUAUUAGGGGGCACGAUGGUAGUUUGCACUCUUUCGCUGUCCAAUACCCAGCUGUUAGACAUUCUAGACGUGAAGAACGAAUGUUCCAAAUGUUCCGGUUGUUCAAUGAAACCUUAUCUAAGAAUGUGCAGACAAGAAGACGGGAUAUCCAGUUCACUUUACCGAUCGCCGUACCAUUGUCUCCUCAGGUCCGUAUUAUUAACGAUAGCAAAUCAUUAGUAACCCUGCAUGAGAUUUACAACAGGUACUGUGCUGAAAAUAGAAUGGACCGUGAUUGUAUCCAGGAUUUUAUCACCGAACAACUAAAUGUGGCAUAUCAUAAAGCGUUACCUACACCAGACAUUACCGCAGUUGGAGUAGAAAUAUUCAGCUCUAUCCAGUCUAUGUUUUUGCCGUCUACAGUGGUAAAAGAUUACUUCAGGGCGUUAUUUAUUGAGUUUGAGGAUUUCUGGCUGUUUAGGAAGUCUUUUUCUUCGCAGUACGGUGCAUUCAUUUUUAUGACUUACAUGAUGUCGAUUAAUAACCGUUCACCGCACAAAAUAUUCAUCAAUGAAAAGUCAGGAAAUGUCCAUACUCUAGAAAUGCUUCCUGCAAGGUAUUUGUAUGAAAGGGUGAAACAGUUCAUCAAGUCAUUUGAGGCAAGCAUACCAGGCGAUGCCCCAGUUUUCCAUAACAAUGAGACCGUACCUUUCAGGCUAACGCCAAACAUUCAAAAGCUCAUUGGUGAGUCUGCGUUGGAGGGUAUAUUUGCCGUGAACUUAUUUGCAAUUGCUCGUGCUUUACUAGAACCUGAUUAUGAGUUGAACACAUAUCUGUCUCUAUUUGUCCGUGAUGAGAUAAUAUCCUGGUACAGCAGUAUUCAGCGCUCCAUAGUGGAUGACCCACAAUUACGCGAAAUUGUUGCAACUAAUGUCGAACUGAUCAGCAGAAGGAUCGCCCAAAUGGGUCAUUUGAGCUCGUCUCCGUCGGUUGCAACACAAUAUGUUUUAGACGCUAUUAGUGCUGCUGUGAGCCCGAGGAAUUUAGCAAAAGCUGAUCAGAGUUUUAUGCCUUGGCUUUGA